AUGUUUCCGCUUCGUGUCCGCUUCUCCGCCACUCUUAUCACGCCUUUCCCACCACCACCGCGCGCCCUACUGGAUUCGCUCGCCGAUGGUAGUGAGGGGGUUCAGGGGUACAGCACCCGCCCCUCCGUCCUGCUUCGUGUGCGCCUUCCGGAAUCCUCCUCCCCUCACCUCAUCCGUCAGCUCCGCUCGUCCACUACUCAGUCAGUCCCUCCCUCCCCAUUCCGCCUCCCCCUCCUCCGCUUUUUCCCCACUGGCCAGAUUGUGGUGGUGGUGGACGAACACUCGCGGGAUGUCGCUGAUCUUAUCAUGCCCGCGUCGCUCGCGACGGCGGAGCGCAUGGCCUUCAUGGUUCGCCACGGCAGCGGCAUCGUCUCCGCCGCCGCGUCCCCCGCUGUGCUAGACCGCCUCUCCAUUCCGCCCAUGCUGGCGGGCGCCGAAGGCAUAGCGAAGAACGGCUCGCCGUCCUCCGUGUCGGUGGACGUUGCGGUGGGCACCACAACGGGCAUCUCCGCGGCGGACAGGGCGCGCACGCUGAGGGCCCUCGCGGACGCGCACUCGCUACCCGCUGACUUCUGCCGCCCGGGCCACAUCUUUCCGCUGCGCGCGCAUCCGGGCGGAGUGCUGCGCCAAGCUAUGCGCGUGGAGGCGGCGGCGGACAUGGCCGUGCUGGCGGGGCUGCCGCCCGUGACAGCUGUCACGGAGCUGCUCAAUGAUGACGGCUCGCUGCCCGAUGCCGCCCAGACGCAGCAGUUUGCCGCCCAGAAUGCGCUCACGCUGAUCUCCAUUCAGGAUAUCGUCAGGCACCGGCGGCUGGUAGAGCGCACAGUGCGGCGCACAGCGCUGGCGCGGCUGCCCACGGAGUGGGGCACGUUUGACAUCGUGAGCUACAUCAGCGAUGUGGACGGCAUCGAGCACGUCGCCAUGGUCAAGGGUGACAUCUCAUCAGGCGAGGACGUGAUGGUGCGAGUGCACAGCGAGUGCCUCACAGGUGACAUUUUUGCCUCCGCUCGCUGCGACUGCGGCCCCCAGCUGCAGCAAGCUCUGCGACGCAUAGAGGCCAAAGGCCGCGGCGUGUGCAUCUACCUGCGCGGGCAGGAGGGCCGGGGAAUCGGGCUAGGGCACAAGCUGCAGGCAUAUAACCUGCAGGACAUGGGGCGGGAUACAGUGCAGGCUAAUCUGGAUUUGGGCAUGCCGGCUGAUGCUAGGGAGUACAGCGCUGCGGCGCAUAUCUUGAGGGAUCUGGGCGUGCGGUCGCUGCAGCUGAUGACGAAUAACCCCGCGAAGCUGACGGCAAUCAGUGAAUUAGGGUUUGCUGUCAACGGACGAGUGCCAGUGCUCUGCCCCAUCAACAUGGAGAACCGGAGAUAUUUGGAGACAAAGCGCGCUAAGAUGGGCCAUCUCUAUGACGCAUCGCUGGCACAGCCCAUCAGCGGCGGCUGGGAGGCACGGGGGGAGGAUGUCGAGGAGGUGGAAGAUGCUGAGAGAAGAGUGUAG